UGGCGGCGGGCGGCCCCGGCGCGCCGGGCGCUCUGGCUGCUGGCCGUGGGCGCCUCGCUGGGCUUGCUGCUGGCCUGGUCGUCCAACCGCCUGCUGCACUGGCUGGCCUUCCCGUCGCACACGACGGUGCGCACCGAGUGGAGCCGCCAGCUGGCCUUCCCGGCCGUCACGCUGUGCAACAACAACCCGCUGCGCUUCCCGCGCCUCUCCAAGGGCGACCUCUACUACGCCGGCCACUGGCUCGGCCUCCUCCUGCCCAACCGGACGGCGCGGCCGCUCCUGGCCGAGCUCCUGCGCGCCGAGCCCGAGCGCCUGCGCUGGUUCGCCAAGCUGGCCGACUUCCGGCGCUUCCUCCCGCCGCGCCACUUCGGAGGCAUCUCGGAGGACUUCGUCGACCGCCUCGGCCACCGCCUCGACGACAUGCUCCUCGCCUGCAAGUUCCGCGGCGAGCCCUGCGGCCCGCACAACUUCUCCGCCGUUUUUACGAAAUACGGAAAGUGCUACAUGUUUAACUCAGGAGAAGAUGGGCACCCUCUGCUGACCACUGUCAAGGGCGGGACGGGCAACGGCCUGGAGAUCAUGCUAGACAUUCAGCAAGACGAGUACUUGCCGAUAUGGGGAGAAACAG